GAUUCGUUUGCUGCAUCCAGUUUCACAUUGUGGAGCUGGCUCACUGCCCAAAGAGUAGAGGUACUGCGACCUGAGUCGAGAUGCUUAUUUUCAUUGGAUGUGUUUGUUUUAUCGACGAAUUCAUUCCCGGGUGAGGAUCUCGAAUGGCGUGCGAACAAGUGAGAUAAGACAUGCUGCUGCUGUAAGCCACUGUUAUAAGGUAGGACUUCACACUUUAUAGAUCUUAUGUCUUCACUCCUAGGUGCGAUAUCGAUAUUCUUGUAGGAAGAUUUUAUCAUGAUCAAUAUGAUAUUCGAAUAUGGAGUGUCAUCUAUGGCACUUCUUGUCAUUGCAGCAGGUAUCACAAUCUCUGCAAUCUUUUGGCGAACCUUCUUCAAGAAAUCACGAUAUCCAUUCCCACCAAGUCCUCCAGGAGAACCAAUUUUAGGACAUAUCCGAUUAGUUCCCACGGACGACCCGCACUUGUACUAUCAAAAGUUAUCACAACAAUACAGCACAGAUAUACUAUACUUCAAACAAUUCCUCACUCCAGUUGUGGUCUUGAAUACUGUUAAAGCUGCAGAUGAACUUCUUUCAAGGAAAGGGGCUAAUUAUUGUGACCGACCUCGAUUUGUUCUAUUUGAGGUUAUGGGAUGGGGUAGAACUUUGACAUUCCUCCCAUGGGGAUCACGUUUCAAAGCACACAGAACACAUUUACAGACAGCGUUUACGAAGACUAGUGUCGUACAAUACCGAGAAAUACAAGAACAUGAAGCACGACAGGCUCUUCAUACUAUUGCGCAACGGCCUGAUGACUGGGAAAUUGCUUUGAGGAGGUUUGCUUCUGCUAUUGUAUUGAGAGUAGCAUUUGGAAUUACGUUAAAGAAUGAUGAUGACGAAUACAUCAAAAUUGCAGCGGAUGCAAUCAAUGCUACGGGAAAUGGUGGAUCACCAGGAGCGACUGUCAUUGAUUAUUUUCCUUUCCUCGGAAACCUUCCUCGCUGGCUUGUUCCUUCGAGAGCCAUAACACAUGCGAGGAAUUGGGGAUAUGCGAUCAAACGUCUUCAUGAUGUCCCAUUUGCUGCCGCGCGCAAGGACUUUAAUGAAGGGGUAGCUCAAAGCUCUUCAUACGUAUAUCCUCUGCUUGAGAGGUAUGAGAGAAAAGAGUCUCAACAUCUACCAAAUGAUUUUGCCAUGGAAGAUAUCAAUGGUUCCGCUGCAGCUAUAUUUAUUGCAGGAUCAGACACUACCUUCGCAACGACUUUAGUUGGCAUUUUAAAUUUAUUACUUAACCCUACUGUAUUCCAUAAAGCAAGAAGUUUGCUCGAUCAAACUAUUGGGCUAGAUCGUCUUCCUUCAUUGAAAGACAGAGAACAUCCAGACCUUCUAUAUGUUGAGUAUAUUGUUCAAGAAAUAGUUAGAUGGCGACCUCUAUCUCCUCUUGGCGUCCCACACAAAAGUCUUGAGGAUGAUAUCUACAACGAGAUGUUUAUUCCCCAGGGUACGAAUGUUUUUUUCAACACAUGGGCGAUGAGUCGAGAUGAGACUAUUUACAAAGAUCCCGAUUCGUUUAAUCCAGAUCGAUAUAUCCCAGUCGAACAAGGUGGAGCUGGGGAACCAUAUCUCAAAGGACCUUUUGGUUUUGGCCGCAGGAUAUGUGUAGGACGUCAUCUAGCAUUAGCGAGUGUGUGGAUUGUUUUGGCAACUUUAAUAUCUACAGUCGAUAUUUCAAAGGCUGUGGAUUCGAAUGGCGAAGAAAUUGAGCCAGUGGUUGGUUUUACUACGGGUUUAUCAAGCCAUCCUUUACAUUUCGAUUGUAAAUUUACAUCUCGUUCAGAGGCCACGGAAUCUUUGUUGGGUUCUUCCUUAUUGUAGAUUGAUGCAAACAUUAUUUCGUACAUCAACAAUAGCUAAUUUUAAUAGUCGGGCUUCAGUACAUAGACUGCCUGCUGUUGUGGUUGCGUAAAGCGAGUGUUCUCAUACUUCCAACUCUAUCAGUAUUUAGAUUAAAUGGUUGAGAAUUUCACUGCAAAUUUGCAUUAUCA